AUGGCCACCUGCUGGCAGGGCCUGUGGGCCUAUCGCUCCUACCUGCUUGUGUUCUUCCUGCCCAUUUUUCUGCUGCCCCUGCCCAUCCUUGUCCCCACCAAGGAAGCCUACUGUGCCUACUCCAUUAUCCUCAUGGCACUCUUCUGGUGUACCGAGGCUCUGCCCCUGGCUGUCACGGCCCUCUUCCCCAUCGUCCUGUACCCCAUGAUGGGCAUAAUGGAUGCCUCCGAGGUCUGCAUCGAGUAUUUAAAGGACAGCAACAUCCUGUUCAUCGGGGGGCUGCUGGUGGCCAUUGCCGUGGAGCACUGGAACCUGCACAAACGCAUUGCUCUCCGUGUGCUCCUCAUCGUUGGGGUGCGGCCGGCCCUGCUGCUCUUGGGCUUCAUGUUGGUCACAGCCUUCCUGUCCAUGUGGAUUAGUAACACGGCCACCACAGCCAUGAUGGUGCCCAUCGCGCACGCCGUUCUGGAUCAGUUGCACAGAACACCCAAGGGCAAGGACGUGGAGGAAGGCAGCGACAACCCCACCUUUGAACUCCAGGAACCAAGUCCCCAGAAGGAGGAGACCAAGUGUGAUAACGGGCAGGUGCACCCUGUCCCAGCCGGGUCUUUAGAGCCGACGGCACAACAGCGGGAGGAGCUCCGCUUCAGCCAGGGCAUGAGCCUGUGCGUGUGCUACUCCGCCAGCAUCGGCGGCAUCGCCACACUGACCGGCACCACGCCUAACCUGGUGCUGCAAGGCCAGGUCAACUCGCUCUUCCCCCAGAACGGCAACGUGGUGAACUUUGCCUCCUGGUUCAGCUUUGCCUUCCCCGCCAUGGCCAUCUUGCUGCUGCUUUCCUGGUUGUGGCUGCAGAUCCUCUUCCUGGGGUUCAACUUCCGGAAGAACUUUGGCAUUGGGGGACAGGCACAGGAGAGAGCACGGGCAGCCUUCCGCGUCAUCCAAACAGAACACAAGCUACUGGGCCCCAUGACCUUUGCAGAAAAGGCUGUCUCUGUCCUCUUUGUCACCUUGGUGGUGCUAUGGUUCACCCGGGAGCCGGGCUUUUUCGUUGGCUGGGGCAACCUGGCUUUUCCCAAUAAGGAUGGAAACAGCAUGGCAUCCGAUGGAACAGUGGCCAUCUUCAUUGGCAUAAUUCUGUUCUUGGUGCCCUCCAAGAUCCCAGGGCUGACUCCGGAUCCAGAAAACCCGGGGAGGCUGAAGGCCCCUCCUGCCCUCCUCAACUGGAAGACGGUGAAUGAGAAGAUGCCCUGGAAUAUCGUCUUCCUGCUGGGGGGCGGCUUUGCCCUGGCCAAGGGCAGCGAGAAAUCAGGACUGUCCGAGUGGCUGGGGGACAAGCUGACCCCACUACAGAAUGUGCCAUCUCCCGCCAUUGCCUUCAUCAUCUGCCUCCUGAUUGCCACCUUCACUGAGUGCACCAGCAAUGUGGCCACCACCACACUUUUCCUGCCCAUUCUGGCCUCCAUGGCUCAGGCCAUCUGCCUCCACCCUCUCUAUGUCAUGCUUCCCUGCACACUGGCCGCCUCCCUAGCCUUCAUGCUGCCUGUGGCCACCCCCCCCAAUGCCAUUGUCUUCUCUUUUGGAGGUCUCAAAGUGUCCGAUAUGGCCCGGACAGGAUUCCUGCUCAACAUCAUCGGAGUCCUGGUCAUCACACUGGCCAUCAACAGCUGGAGCUACCCCAUCUUCAACCUGCACACCUUCCCCUCCUGGGCUGACACCAACAACACGGCCAACUGCCUGGCCACAACACCUAGGCCCUAG